CCCGCCCGGGCCGGGCCCUCCCCGGGGGAGGGCGCUCGGGGGCCGCGGUCCCACGGCCGCGCCGCCAUGUUUCCCGGCAGCCCGCCCUGCCCGCCGCCCGCCUGAGCCUCCCGGCGGCCGCCCCGGCCCGGCCCGGCCCGGCCCGGCGGCCGCCCGCCUCCGCCGCCGGGACGCUCAACAUCAGAAGCAACUGAAGACUGGUCCUUGUCGGGCAGUGGUUACCUUCCAUUUACCUCCGUGAGGAUCCAGCGUGCCAGGUCCAGCACAGAGGAGGCUCCCUUGGCUGCUGGUGCUGAAGGAGAGGUCGGUUUGGGCCGGGAAGGACUCCUAGUCUGGUAAUGGGAGCACUGGCCUGAGCUCUGCAAGCGGAGCCCUAAGGGCAGAGCGGAGAUUCAUAUCACCAAGCUGAGGACAAGGAGGAAUAAACCAGAACUAAUCAGCUUCCAUCCCACAGGAGUGCUCCUCGCAGGCUCGGCACCUUGGAGGAUCCAGGAUGGCUCAGGAGACAAACCAGACCCAGGUGCCUCUGCUGUGUACCACAGGCUGCGGAUUUUAUGGCAGCCCCCGGACCAACGGGAUGUGCUCCGUUUGCUAUAAGGAGUUUCUCCAGAGGCAGCAGAGCAGUGACCGGAUAAGCCCCCCAGCACCCAGUGGUCCCAGCAGCAGCCCCAUGGCUUCGGAUUCAAUUGCAGGGCAGCAUGUGGAGGGAGACUCCAGCCCUGAGGAUGCAAAAGCCAGUGCUCAGACUCCUGUGACCCAUCAGAUGACGGCCAUGAGCAUAUCCAGAGAAGAAAACAGCAGCGAGACAGAAGAACUCAUCAAGACAGAAGAAGCCUCAUCAGCAUCUUCCUCAUCAGGUACCCUGCUUGAAACAUCCCAGAACACAGCUGAGGGCAAGACAGCCUCAGAAAAACCCAAACAGAAGAAGAAUCGCUGCUUCACUUGCCGCAAGAAGAUAGGGCUGACUGGCUUCGACUGCCGCUGCGGGAACCUGUUCUGUGCCAUCCACCGGUACUCCGACAUGCACGCCUGCCCCUACGACUACAAGGCAGAAGCUGCUGAGAAGAUCCGUAAGGAGAACCCCAUUGUUAUCGCUGAGAAGAUCCAGAAGUUGUGAAGGGGGCUGAGCAGCUCGAACUGCAGCCAGGUGUCCUGGUGCUCCUCCCCUUCCUCCCAGCCUUCCUCCUCUUCCUCCCAGCGCCGUCCGUGGUGUGAUGGGGACUCCAGCAGCACACACGAACCAGCACCCAGACAUGGGGAUUCCUCGCACCUCCUUGGCAGACAGUUAGUGUUCCUCCUUUCCCUUCCUGCCCAUCCGACAGCCGCAGCUCAGCUGAUCUGUUCCCAACCAGCUUCCCAAAGGAAAAGGGACUGUCCUGCCCCACCAUUCCAGCACUAAGACCUUUGGACUUGUCUUCACUGGGGCGGUUUGUGCAUGUGGCAGCCAGGCUCUGCCUUUCCCUUCAGCCAGCAGCUCCGGGGCCCGCGAACCGCCCGGGGCUCGCGGCCGGAGCCCGUGAGCAGCUUCUGGACUUUGCUCCCUCUGCCCCAGGGUCUUUGUGGCAGAUGUAAAACUGGGGAAUCCCAGCAGCGAGGCUGCCUUCUGCUCCCCGAGAGGUGUUUGGGCUCAGAUGCACAAAAGAUGAUUCUGUAGUUUUAACGCUCCAAAUACCCCUCCCCUCCCUUUGCAACACUGUUGUGGCAGCACCGAGGUGGUUAGGCAGCAGAAUGCCGGCACAGUAAAGUUAUUUUGUGGCUUGAAGCGAUGUAGAUGCACUCCUGGCAGAGGUCAGGACCUCUGGGAAAGUGCUGCUCAUUGCCUCGUGCCUCUGGCCGCAGAUGGAGCCUACCAGGCUCCAGGGCCAUAGCUGGGCUGCAGGAUGCCCUUGCACCAGCCUCCUGUGCUUCAACACCCCCUGAGUAACCACCAGCCGAGGUUUGUUGUCACCUCUCCUCUCCCCUCUGCUCCCUGCCUUCUGCUUUCCACGAGUCUUUCUCAUCAGGGUUGUGCACAAAGCUCAGCUCACCAAACCUCCGCUUCCCUCCCUGUCCCUGGGCGCCCGCAGGACCCUUCCUCCCCUGUGGGCUGUGCUGAUCCUCUGUGAGAGCCUCUAUCCCCGAUGAGUGCAUUGGCUUGGGAAACCCUCCAGCUGCACUGCUCUCUCGCCUCACUGCAUGUCCCCAUGGGGUGAGAGGCAGGGCCAGAUCCACAAGAGAUGGUCUGAAAGCUGGACAGAGGGAUUCGGGGCACAGGGAAAGGCAUGUGGAGGGCUGCAGGGCAUAUGGGAAGUCACAAGGAGGGGCUUGGGGUGCCCAGAAGUGCAGGUGGAGGCUUUUAGGAAAGCCCAUAGGGAGCCCUGAGGAGCAGGGAGAGGCACUUGGGGGGCUCUGGGCCCACUGAGGCUCAUGCUUGGGGUGCUGGAAGACUCAGGGAGGGCUCCGGGGUGCAGGGGAAGGCAAAAGGAGAGCUUUGAGGUCCAGUGAACAUGCUCAGAGGACUUCUUGUGUUGGGGACACCAGCACUGCCCACAGUGCUGCAAGUGGGGUCUCACGAGAGCAGAGCAGAGGGGCAGGAUCACACCAAGACCUGCUGCUCACACUCUGGGGAUGCAUUGCAGCACAUGGGGGGGUUCUGGGCUGUGAUAGCAUCUAACUGUGCCCGGUGCUGGCAGGGGACAGGAGCUGUUGAAAUGAGAACUGUGGGGCUCAGGUACACAGCACAAGGCAGGCAGUGGCUCUUGGGGUGCAUCAGAAGCCAUCUCCAGGUCACGCAGGGUCUGCACCACCCUGGGGGGCUCCUCCAGGGGAACAGCAGGAGUGGGGCUGUGGCUGCAGGGCUCUCAGCAGAGAAACCCAAUGGUUCCUGGGGGAAAAGCAGCAGCUUCUGCCCCACUUGUGGCUAUCCCACUCCUUGGAAGUGUUUCCCUCGGCAUCAGCUCAGAGCAGAGCUGCAAAGGCAGAACCAGCAGCUGGGGGAGUCAUGGCAACUCCUCCCAUGUGCUGGUUUCCUCAUGGGAAUUCUGCCCUGGUGGUUGUGGGUGUAUUGUUCUGAAGAUUUCAUUUUCCCUAUUUGAUUUCUGCAGCAGCUGCUGUCAAACAGCUUCACUGGGAGGAUUCAGACCUCUCAAGAUGAUGCAAGUCCCCGGCAGCGCGGGUGGAGGCUGCCUCUCACCAGCCUCCUCCUCACGGGUUUGCCUCUGGGUUAACGCUGGCGUCACGUCUGGAGCACGCGAGCGGCGGCACGUUGCAGCGCGCGGAUGCGCCCGGUGCCAGUGGCGUGUGGCCAGGCUGAGUCUGGAGAAUGAGCCAUCACUCGCGAGGAGGCGGAAAGCCGUGAGGAAUUGCACCCAUCCCUCACCUUGCAUCGCGUGAUGGUUGUGAGGCCUGGCGAGGGGAAGCAGCUCCUGUGGAUAGAAUCACAGAAUCAGCCAGGUUGGAAAAGACCUUUAAGAUCAUCAAGUCCAACCGUUCCCCAGCACUGCCAAGGCCACCACUAACCCACGGCACUGAAGCCUCGGCUACACGGUGUGUGAGCACUUGCAGGGACGGUGACUCCAGCACUGCCCUGGGCAGCCUGUUCCAAUGCCUGAGCACCCUCUGGGGAAGGAAUUGUUCCUAAUCUCCCAUCUAAAAUGCAACAGGGAAGCCCACGUGGCAAAAAGGCAGCCACCUGCUUCUCCACCACCCACCUCUUCCUUUUUGUCCCCUUCCCCCUCUUAAGUGUAAAUAUUAAUACAGUCUAGUUUGCUUGGA